UGAUUUAGGUGGUAUCAGAGAUGAACCAUUUUGGAUUGAUUGGCCGGGAGACAACAUGGAAGAUCGUUAUUGUUUAUUCAUGUUAGGCCUAGAUGAGCCCUCCCAAAGUAAUCAUUCGCUUCGGGAGUGGAAGAACUGGAUUGUUGUGAAUAUUGAAGGAUACAACACUACCGUCGUCGCCGGUGAGCAUUUGGCCGAAUACGUUCGUCCGUACCCCAUUAUUGGCACAGGUAAAGUAUCGUACAUCUCCCUCCGCAAGAAAGUUAGUAAGCUGUUUUUCCUAUUUUCUAAAGCCUUUAGAAUACACUUUAAUAGCUGAUAGAACAAUAUAUUC